ACCUGAAAUAUUAGCUCGCACACUCAACAUUAAAAUGUCAGCCUGUGGGACGUGUCCCUCCCUCUCCGGCGACAGAGCGGCCUGACUCGAACGGCCGCGGGCUGUGAGCUGACAUCACGGCGGAGGCGUCACCGUGAUGCAGCAGAUGCUGAGGGGGAGGGAACAAGAAAAAGCCGCUCCGUUCUGCAAGAGAGGACCCACGGAAUAUCAUCAUCGUCGUCCUCAUCAUGAUGCCGGCCUCCUGGAUGCUUCUGCUGCUGGCCUGCUGCGGACACGGCAAUCCAAAGAGUGUCGGCCAGAUGCUGCCCGCGGAGCCUGGUGGUGAUUUCCCGUCCGAUGUGCGGAGUGUCUUCCUUAAAGAUAAAGGCCACACGGACAAAAUGGAAGUGUCGAGUCCCGUCAAUCUGACGCUGCAAUGCACCUGGACGGACAACAAGGUGGACAACAUCACCGGAUUCUGGAGAAAAGACGAGCGAGAUAUUGACAACAGUCACGUGACGCUGCGGCAAGAGAACCAGCAGUUUCAACUCCAAAGAAUGUUCAUCAUUAAAGAUGAAGAAAGUCUAGGGAAUUACUCGUGCGUGUUUGGAAAUGAAGCAAAGGUUGACUUCAUUUUGACAGUGCCGCACAUGGGCGACGUGCGGGACAAGCCGGUGGUCAGCUAUGUUGGCGAUUCGGUGGUGUUGCUAUGCAAGAUGGAUGAUAACAAGCCCAAACCCAAAACCUGGUUGUGGUUUAGAGCCAACGGCACUGACAAGGAGCAGAUCGACACUGUGACGGAACCUCAAAAGUAUCAAAUGAAAAACGAUGAAAAAUCCACAAAGCUGCACGUGUACAAUCUGACCCACGACGACUCGGUUCUGUUCUACUGCAGUGCUGUGUUUGCCAUCGGCGCGGCCGUCAGCCACCUGGAGCUGAAGGUAAUCACCAUUUACGAGCCAUUGAAGCCCUUUGUCGCCAUCGUGCUGGAGGUCCUCGUUCUAGUCACAGCCAUCUUGCUCUUUGAGAGUCAUCGGUCCAAGAAGGCCCAAGCGCAAGACGCCUCGGGGGACGAGGUGGCCAACGCAGAGGCGCCGAACGCCGAGCCCCCCGCCACCACCACGGUCACCACGUCGUCGGGAGAAAGCAACGGAUUGGACGAAAACCCCUCGGCCAGGCAACGAAACGUUGAAAAUGUCGCUCAACAAAAGCAAUAAAUGACUUGUGGAUUUGAUUAUUAUAGCUCCAAAUCCAACACACAUCCAGGACAUCCUGCCGGGGCUGAUGGAGGAGGAAUCGCACCAGUAGUCGCAGCGCGUGGUCAUUCAGGCCGACCACGUGCCCGUCCUCCACGCCGUCGUAGAGGCGCACAGACUCGCUGCCCCACAGCAGGUUCUUGCGGGCGUUUCCCCUGUCCGUCUGUGUGGACAAGGCUAGCGUGUUGAGCUGGUAGCAGAAGAAGGAGAAAAAGUGGCCGUCGCUGAUCACCGCCUGCGACACGAACGCUCUGCUCACGUCCUCGUGAUUCCAGAAACCUGACGUAUCAAAAAUAAGAUCCGUUUUCUUUGAAUUAUUUUAAACUGUUAUUUUUAAAAAAUUACAUCCAAUGAUGAAAAAUAUUUUGAAAAACUGUUAGACAUUUUUUUAAUUUGAGAUUUUUUGUUUAUGCAUCUUUUACACAAUUUCAAAUCUAUGUAAAAAAUAACAAUGCAAUCUAGUUUGUCUGUUCCUUGACCUUGAUAGGAGGCCUGCGCAGCGGUCCACGCAAACAGGCUAGCCAUGGCGUGGGCCCUGAGGAACACCUCCACCUGGUCCGACUGCUGGCGGUGGGCCAUGCGAUCCCUGUGGUAGCGGUCGGGCACAAGGUGAAACUGCGUGUGCCCGUAGCACGCUGGGUCCGGCACCUUGGAACCUGUCGGACGGUCGCCAGGCAUUCAUUCGAUGGCAUGACUUUAAGACGCUUCAUAUCAGUGAGAGGUCACCUGUGAAGAUGGUGUUGGUGUACUGCCUCUUGAACAGCGGCAGACAGUCGGGAGAGUACGGAACUUCAGGAACGUCGGCGUCAUAAGAAGCUUCCAUCGGGACCAACUGCAUAAGCGCACGGUUAGUCAACCCUCAUUUAUUUGCCGCACGUGAUUACAAAUUUAUUUUCUUACAAAAUUGCGAUAUUACCUUUAGCUACAAUUUUUAAUUUCCACAAUUCUCAUUAAUCUGCCUUGAUGCUUUUUGUUCGUGGGUUGCAAUUCUGCUAAAUGUAAGUAGCUCUCAUUGGAAACUGUACAGGGCAAGUCCUUUUUAACAACAAGACUUUGGAUAACCUGAGGGAGCUGCUGCGUUAUUCGAAUCUGACAGAGCGGCCGGUCGUCUAUCUGGAACCUGAUGGGCUCCAGGCUCCCCUUUCUGUGGCCCCUCGGAACAAUCCUCUCCCCUCUCCUCCAGUAGAAACCAACUUGGGGAUUCACAUCUGAAAACAGAGAGAAAAUUUUAACUUCUCUCAAUAAUAAUAGAAUUCUAAUAUUAUCAAUAGUAUUUGAUAUUGGCUUUUGUUUGAAUUGGAUCUCUUCCAGGUGAACUUAAUUGGACUUUCUUUAAACUUUUUCAUUGCAGAUAUUAAAUACAUUUCAGUCUAUUUGCUCUUCCUCAGUAAAUAAUUGAGCAAAUAAAUCAUCUUUGUUCGGGAACAGAAAUCAGGGCACAGGGUUACUGAAACAUUGGACAUGCUAACGUUUAGAAAAGCUUGAAUUAAUUUAACCUAUAAGUGUUACGUAAAAAAAAGAUCACGGAAGAUCAGCAUACCCAGGCUGGAGUAGAGGAGCAGCGGGCUGUAUUUGGCCAAGGCGUAUGUUAACGAUUUGACCAGGUUUCUCAGGAAGGGUCCCUCGACGAGCUCCUGUCGUCUGGACAUGAACGUCUUUCCUUUGAUCGUGUGCCAGUGCUCGUGCAGAAUCACGCGCGUUACCAAUGAACGGAUGUCCUUGAACGCCUCAUCACUAAUGCCGAGGUUGUCUGCUUCAGUGGCGGGGGAAUUCUCCUCCACGGCAACAUGAGGCCGAGCUGGGGUGAGUUCCUCCGGCAAGCCGGGGAUGUAUGCGGUUUUGGUGAAGUGCUGGUACCAUUUAUCCGCGUUUCGCGCGAACGUCUGCGGGUAGACGACGUACUUUUUGCGCUCUAUGCGAGUGAGUGACCGCAGUUUAUCCUGCACGGGUGACGCUUUUAUCCGCUCGACUUGCUCCUCGACUUGACGCGCUCGAGCCGAUU